UGGUCGGUCCGAGAAUAAACAUAGAAACCGGAUCUUGUCUUGUGGGGAUCCUCAACAUGGAGCUGGGAAACCAACCGGGGCCGGGGAAUCGUCCCGAAAUAGAACUGGAGUGGUACCAGUAUGUUCAGAACACAGUUGGCUGGGCUCUUGCAAGCUAUGGCUGGUACAUUUUAUUUGGCUGCAUCAUUCUAUAUUUCUUGAUUCAGAAGUUGUCUGCAAACUUCACACGAGCUGGCGCGUCUACUCACACCACUGUGACAGACCCUGAUGAGAUUGUCAGAAGACAAGAAGCAGUGACAGCCGCCCGGAUGCGAAUGCAGGAGGAGUUAAACGCUCAGGCUGAAUUAUACAAACAGAAGCAGGUUCAGUUGCAAGAAGAAAAGCGGCGGCGGAACAUAGAGACCUGGGAUCGUAUGCAAGAAGGGAAGAGUUCCAAGGUGGCCUGCCGUCUUGGCCAGGAUGCAUCUCCUAGCACCUCCGCUUCAUCAUCCCCCUCCACUUCAUCAUCUGCCCCAAAGCCCAAGCCAGAGAGGAAACCAUUGCGUGGCAGUGGAUACAAUCCUCUGACAGGAGAUGGAGGCAGUACAUGUGCUUGGCGACCAGGCCGAAGGGGUCCUUCUUCAGGAGGAUGAGGUUAAGCCUCUUGCUGGUAUAUUACCCCCUGGGAAUAUCAGCAAGAUGAAAAUAAUGCACCACCUGCAGUAAUAGUGUCGAUUCCAAAGGCCCUCCGUCCGUGAUUAUUUAGAACUAGAGCUUGGAUAUACCAUGUACUGUCUGUCUGCUCACACUGUCUCUGAUUUUUAUGGGGGAAGUCAUCACUUGAUGACUGUGAAGGAACUCUUGGGAAGAAGAAGCUGGAAUUCUGUCAGAUCAGAUCGGGCUGGGGAAUUUUGUCACUGCAAUCUGGCACUUUACAUGAUGUCAUCCUUACAAAUGGCACAGUAGCCAAUAGGGAUGACUGAUGUUGUUUGGUGGUAUGCACUUUGUUUGUUUUUUUUUCUUUGUGUCUGCUGCUUUAAUAGAUGCUUUGCACCACU